AUGUCUAUGGAAAAGAUAACAAGCAUAGAAAAGAAAAGUCAAAGGACCAUGAAACUUAAGAAGAUGGUUGACAGAUGGCAAGAAUUAAAUACUCACUGUCUGUGGCAGAUGACAUUGAGCCAGAGGAGAAACCCAUAUGCCACUCUAAGGAAUCAGGACACCAUGGCACAGGAAUUGGCACUAGCCAACAAACAACUACUGAUGGUCCGUCAAGCUGCCCUGCACCAGCUGUUUGAAAAGGAGCAUCAGCAGUACCAGCAGGAGCUAAAUCAGAUGGGCAAAGCUUUUUAUGUGGAGAGACUAUGA